CGGUCGGGAGAACACGGGAAAAGCGCUACGACAGGGCGGCAGCGCUCGCCCACUCACGCACGCACCCUCGCUUGUCCUGUUCAUCCGCUCGGAUGAUCACGCGCGCGCACAGCAUUUUGUUUUUCGGUCAUGCGGUAUUGGUCCCGUGUCCGCAUAGUGCUUAGUGAAAUCCUGUGAGAGAAGGAAAGGAAAACCAGGCCAGCGCUGGCUGUGAAGGAUUCACAGUACGAUGUCCGAAAGGAUACGCGGGAUAUAACGGCUGUGACCUGGCAUUAAACGACAGUUAUUGCAUCUGACAGAACGAUGCACUCAGAAAAAAUAACGGAAGUGUCCUCCCGGCGAAAGCAAACAUACAAGUGAAAGAGACAAUCAGACGUCAGCAUUUUUUAUCAUUUUACCACCAACUUUGAAAAGUCCAUCGCAGUUUUCACAGAACUUUCCGAGAUGAGGUCGAAGCUGUGGUGGUGGCUGUGGGCGGUCGCUUUGGUGGGCGUGGAAAGCCCCGCUCAUGCAUUCACACUCGAGGGCUACUUCAAGGUUCUUGCUCUGGCUGCCAAGAAGAGGGAUGUCUGGAGGAAGAUUUUCUUAGGGAAAGACCUGGGCUUCGACGUCUCGCCCUGGCUCUUCAAGGACAGGGUGAAGCCACCAUACGUGCCCGUGCUCACCAGCUUCCCUCGGUCGCCCUUCUUCGGGCACUACACCGGUGAGAGGAAUCCUGCCCCUCACUCCCCCGCCAGCUCUUCCUACACUUUCUACGACGGGCAAAUGUCGAUGCCAAAUGUCAGGAGGUACUACACGUAUCCUGCAGCAAGAAGAGGCUGGGGAGGAGGAGGAGGAGGGGGAGGAGGAGGAGGGGAUGGUGGAGGUUGGUGGCAAGGCAUGGCGGUGUUCCAAGGUCUUCAGAGGAAUAACGUCAAUGGCCAGCAUUACUUCAGAGGCUCGGCAGAAGGAAAUCCUACGCAAAUCCGACAUCACAGGGCCACCACAGACGACAUCCUGGAGGGAGAGGAGCACCUUCGACGGAGAAGGUCGCCUUCUCGAUCAGAUGCGAAGGAAGCUCCAGAUACUCGUAGCAGAUUUCAGGAUUUCACGUAUCUCGGUUACGUAGGCCUACCUGAAAGAUAGCAGAGCAUAGGUAUUUUCAUAGACAUAUAUAUAUAUAUAUAUAUAUACAUAUACACAUAUAUACAUAUAUAUAUUCAUAUAUAUAUAUAAUAUAAUAUACAGGCAUUUUUAUUUUCAU